UCCGUUUCCGUUGCAUGGGCGUGAACAAAAGGAGAUCUGCUUGCCGCGUGCGCUCUCGCGCCGUGUUUUGCGGUAUUAUUAAAGCACUACAUUGCUCAUGUUUUGUUAGCUUAUUUGUGAUCAGAUUCAGUGGAAAUGGAGGCGUUUAACCAGCUUCUGGCGGAAUACCCCGAGUUAAUGUACAGUGGAGUCGGAGCGACGGCGUUUGUCGCCGGUGGAGCGCUGAUAUACAAAAUUGCUACCAGAAAGAAGCCGACCCAUGCACAUGUGAACUGCUGGUUCUGUAGUCAGGACACAGUGGUGCCCUACGGGAACAGGAACUGCUGGGACUGUCCCAACUGUGAUCAGUACAACGGCUUCCAGGAGAACGGAGAUUACAACAAACCCAUCCCAGCUCAGUACAUGGAACAUUUGAACCAUGGAGUAUCUGGUGUCCUUCCCUCGUCUGAUGCACCCAAGACACUGCAGUGGGUUAACUGUCAAAUGCUGCUCUGCAGGAAGUGCAAUAACAACCAGUCUGUAAAGAUCAAGCAGUUGGCCUCAUUUAUCCCCAGGGAUGAUGAGAACUACGACGAGGAAAUUGAAGCCUACAAGCACCACCUGGAGCAAACCUAUAAGUUAUGCAGGCCGUGUCAGACAGCGGUGGAGUACUACAUCAAAUAUCAAAACCGGCAACUUCGAACAGUGCUCCUAAACCAUCAGCUUCGACGCAGCCGAGAAUCGGACAAGGGCUUCGUAAAGAGCUCUUAUUCUGUGUCUUCUCCCUUGGGGGUCAUCCUGUUACGGGCCUUCACCUUCCUGAUAUGUGCUUUCCUACUCUCUACAUCUUUCUGCAAACUGCCAGACCAGCUGACUUCGCACAGUGACCCACAGAUAUUAAGUGGUGGGGUCAUUUCUCCAACACCUAAAUCCUCCAACGAAUCCGCCUCCGACAAAGAAAGCAGUGGCGACAUGCCUGUGUGGCAGGGUUUACUGGAGCUGCUCCCAGAACAGGCCAUACAAAGUGCCAAGCUGGUAUGGCAGCAUGGAACAGGCAAUCAGCUUGCUGUAGUCUCUGUUGGCCUGUUUACUUGUCUCACUGCUAUCUUCUUAGCAGGGCCUGCAAGGUUGAGGAGAAUUGAUGCCGUGGCUUCUGUGUUGUGGUUCCUCAUCCUGUGCCUCUACCUGGCUGAGAGCUACUUGACCGGUGUGUUGGGCUGGAUGGACACUGCCAAGCUCAGUACCAUCUCCCUUUGUUGCCUAGUCAGCUUUGCUGCUGCUGUGGCAACUCGCAAACCACUGGGUCCCAGAAGAGCCCGAUACCGAAGAUACCUUGCAGGUAGCUCUGCUGCCCCUCCCUUCAGCAGCCAGCCUCCUUUGCUCUCUCCUGACCUGGCAGACUCCUUCUUCCCCAUCCCACCCCCCAACCUUUCCAAGCUCAUCAACCGCCAACAGAGUCCCCGUGAGCGCAAGGCAUCUCCGUCUUCUCUACCUGGGCGCCUCAGCAGAGCCCUGUCCCUUGGCACCAUCCCCUCCCUCUCCAGGACAGAUUCUGGUUACCUGUUUAGCGGGAGCAGGCCUGCCUCACAAUACAAGGAUUCCCCACCUUCAGACUACUUUUCACUGAAAUCUGGAAGCCGCCCAUCAUCCCCAGGCCCAUCACCAACUCCUUCAGUGGCUGAGUCAGUUACAUCCAGUUCAGGUUCUGCCAGACAGCGACGUCCCCUCAUCAGCCCAGCUCGCCUCAACAUCAGUGGCCAGAAACUACGGCUUUUUUCAACAGAGCCAGAGCCCUCGCUCAUGUCCCCACCAGUGUCUCCAUCACAUUUCCUUUUAGAGCCGACCUCUUCCAUUUACAGUGGCUGCUUUUCACGUGACAUAUCACCCUUCCAAAGCCAAAACGAUUUGAGUUCUUUGUUAAGGGACGGCACUGUGAUUGAAGAGGAAGAGAGGCGAGGCAGCUCAUCAGAGUCAUCCUCAUGCCUUGUUGGCACAACUACACAGGGACUGGAGAACCCUCCCCCAAAAGAUUUUGUCAAACGGUUUAUCUGGCCGGGGCUUUUGUUUGCAAGUCUGACUGCCAACCUGUUGUUCGCUGGGCUCUAUACAUACCACAAGUGGGGCUGAGCUGUUCGUGGAUCUGCUGUUGGGCUCUUGUAACCUGUACAGAGUGAGGUGGCCUCGUGCAGGCCUGUGAACUUGGAUGCCAUCCAGCAGUGCCAGAAAACAUCACUUUUCUGGCACUUAUUUCUUACUGAAAAUACAGACGUCAGCUGACAGAUUUUCAGCAGCUUAUGUACCUCCCAUUUGGUUGGAGAUUUGCAGAUAUUUUGGCUUUUGGUUUGUCACUGCUCCUUUUACAUGACCGCAGGCGCAUGUGUAAUUAAUUCAAAAGGAUCAAGUCUUGCACUGGUGCUUGAUGGCUUUAAAGAAACAUUCUGUGAAAUGUGUAAUAAUCGUUUACUGUUCAGUCAGUGCUGCUUGGACACAGAGAUGUCUUACCUACUUACAGUGAUUGUGAUGAGUGCGUUACUUAUCUCGGUAUUUCUGCUUCUCGGCAAUAGCCAAACAUUGGAAAACACUGAGCAGCAUGUUAUGUCUGUGCUGUAUAGUUGCAGUUUUGUAUUUUUGAGAUUUGUACAGAUUUUCUCUUUGUAUUGUCAUAUUUUCACAGCAAUGGAGUGUGCCCCUGUUGUUCCAUGUAUAUUUACCUGGGAAAGAGUGGUGUGCCAGACUCUUUUCUGUUGUUUUAUGAAGCAUCACUACAGAAAUGGUUUAAACCAAACCAUUUAAAUUUUUUUGUUCCAUCUUGUAGAUAUCCUGUUCACAGGCUGUUUUUUAUGGCAAAAAACUCUUUAAGACUAAGUGCAAUAUAAAAGAAAUCUUUCCAGUUUAUAAAAAGAAAUUGUGUUCAAAAUUACACAUUUGCUCAAAAAGGCAGAGAUUCAGGUAGAAGUUUUCAUUUUGGAUAUGUGAUGAUUUGAAAUUGUAAAGAGCACACAGGUGUGAGUGCACACACAGUGAGUAACACAGUUGAUUUGACACGUAAGAUGUGUGUUAACAGUUUACAGUCAGCUUGUUUUUCUUCUCAUGUAAAAGUCAUGUGGGCCUUAUGGAUGUUUAUUGUCACGUUGGUGAAUGACUGUGCGCUUGAUUUUUGAGAGUGAUCAUCUGGGUAAUCACUGGGUUCUGUGAUUUUCUCAGACAUUUAGUGCUUAUUUUAAUUUGUGGUAAUUUAUUUUGAGCCAGCGAAUAAUUAAUAAAAAUAAUGGAGAAAAAGAAGUUUCUGAGAAAACUGAACUUGCUACUGAAAGACACCUAAAUGACUUGUCUAAUGCUAGUUUAGGAAACUAUCAUUAAAGAAACAUAAUGAAUAAUAGUUUAUGAAAACUAUUGUAACCCUUCAACAUGCUGUAUACAGACUUUGGAAUAUGCAUUUGAUGUGUGCCCUUGCUUUUGUUUAUUUCCUCUCUCUGAAGAAGCUGAAGCUCAUUCAUUGAAGGAUCAUACUGAAAUGUUUAAAUUCAGUGUUUAAAAGACAAACCUCAUUUUUCAGUUAAAAACAAAUUAAACGUAUCUUUUGAAUUUGUAUUCAAAUUGUAAUUGUAAAAAAAUAUUGUGCUUUUUCUGUGGUCUGUCCAUUUCAGAGUCUGACAAGAAAUAUGAAUUUAUGUUGUCGUAAAUAUUUUUAGUCAUUGCUUGGUUUGUUAUUCCACUAUGUUCUGCAAUGCAAACGUUUGUCUUGAUUGCGUGGAACAGCACUGGCUUGUUUCAUUUGGACCCAUAGUUUUUAAUAAAAUAUUUUUUUCUCUAA